CAACUUUUUUACAACAACCUUUCUCACAGAACUCUCACGCUACCUAAGGAAUAACCUUUUCAACAUCGAUUCCUUUUGCGCAAACAAUACUUGUAUGAUCACGACCAUUCCAGCACAACAUCACUCUUGGGAGUGAUCAGCCAAAUCGCAAAGAUGGCCGAAUCCGAAUCCGAACCCAAGGAGUUUACUCAGUUUACUGAGAUAGAUUGGAAGCGCCAGGACGAACAAGACGCAAAGGCUCUAGAAAGUGUGUUGAGGGCGAGUGGUGAGAAUGGCGAGAUUAAUUUUGGCGAUGAACCUUUGGACCUGGGCGAGAAGGCAGAUGAUGCGCAGGAUUUCGAGGAUAUCAGCGAUGACGAUCUACCAGAGGAGGAGGAAGCUUCUCUACGAAGCGCUGUCGAUUUACCCGCCUUGACCGACGAUGCUGGCACGAGCCAUGAUACCGACGAUCUAUUUGGAGAAGGAAGAGAUUCUUCGCCCUUCGGGUUUGACGAAAAUAUUGAAAUGCAAGAUGGAGAAUCACAAGCUGCAGAGACUACAGUUGAGGAAUUGCCUGAUGCGCCUGCUGAAGAAGAAGAUUUACUGGAGCUCAAUUUUCCAGGUUACAAUCAAGCUAGGUUGAACAACCAAGAUCUAUCGAUUCCGGCUCCUGCAGAAUCCGAAUCAGAUUUGGCCAAGCAGUUAUUUCCAAGUCUCGAACCUGGCGUAAUAUUGAACUUCAAUGAACUUUUACCUCCAAAGCUCGCACAUUUUGUCCCAAAAGUACCGCUGAAGCAACCUAAACCCUUGAAUCCUACAAAAGUUAGCCUAGAUCUCGCUCCCGACCAAGAAAAAUCUUUCCGCAGCAAUAUAGGAACAGCGACAGGCGAUAAGCGCAAACGCGUGGCCGAAGCGGAAGCUAAAGGGCUUGUUGCUAUCAUUGAAGAAUCUGCUGAUGAGGCAGAGAAUGAGGAAACUUUCGAUUUCGAAGAACCGGCGGAGGACGAGAAACUUGGCGGGGUGACUUGGGCGGAUCUUCAGAUGAUUUGUGAUGACUGGGAUUCUAAGAUAAAUGCGAUAUCUAUAGAGGCUCAACCGAAAUCCCCAGUUGCCCAGGGAGACGAUGAUGCUUGGCUUGAAUUCAUGUAUUCAGGCAAGAACAAGCCAAAGGCAGAAGAGAAGAACUAUUUUAAUAUCCCUCAAUUUGCUGUCCCGUCUUUCGACAAUCUGCAGAAGGCUGUUGCGAUAUCGGCCAAGCGCCCUUUCUUAGAUCUUAACGAUCCGAACCUCCUUAUAGAAGAGCUCAAAUUCACCUCGGUGGCUAAUAAACGUCAACGUCUAGGUGGAAACUUCAGGGGAGGAAACAACUUCAUUUCUACGAAACUAAGGGAGCGCUUUAAUAUUUCAAACGACGAAGCUUACGAUGCUCUCAAGGAGAAUCAUCAAAGCAAGGUCAGAGCAGCUAUUGGAAACCUUACCGUUGAGCACAGUCUGCCUGCAUUACGUCUUCAAUGGCCAUAUUACAAGGUCAAACUAUACACCAAGGAGGCCAGAGCCUUACAUCGACCGACCCUCAGAUUCAACAAAUGGCUCAAUCAGCCCGUCACAUUCGACAAACCAGGCAUGCGAAAGAAGAAGGAAGCUAGAACGAUGUCUAUUGCAGAAGUCUUCAAAGAAUCAAAAGACCUUACACUAGGUGACUUCUACUCCACUGCUACUUUGAUUGAAUAUUCCGAAGAACAGCCUAUAGUUCUUUCAAAUUUCGGCAUGGGUAACAAAAUCAUCAACUAUUACCGACGUAAGGAUGCCGAAGACCAGGAUAGACCCUCUCCAGAGGACAAGAUUGGCGACACUACUAUUCUCCUGUCAGAGGAUAAGUCUCCGUUCGCAAAUUUCGGUUUCGUGGAUCCGGGCGAAACCGUUCGAGCUCUGCACAAUGAAAUGUAUCGCGCUCCAAUAUUCAAGCACCAACCUAAAAACACCGACUUCCUCUGUGUGCGCAGUACUACGGGAGUUCAUGGUACAACAUGGCACCUUCGCAAUAUAGAUAAUCUAUUUGUUGCAGGCCAACAAUUUCCGUCCAUCAAAGUACCAACCCCGCACUCGAGGACUGUUACAAAUGCCACCAAGAAUCGGGUUAAGAUGAUUGCAUUCAGAAAAAUCAGACGUAGUAACACCAAGUCUCUGAAAAUAGCCGAGCUUACUGCUCACAUUCCCGAUACAAAUGACAUGCAGAACAGAGCAAAAUUGAAGGAGAUUCUGGUCUAUGAUAAGAAUGAAAAAGUUUGGCGUCCUGAGGAAGGUACUAUCAUUCCCGAUGAAGCUGCUUUGCGAUCCUUGGUCAAACCAGAGGACUGCUGCAUGAUUGAUGCGAUGCACGUUGGAUGUAGAAAUCUCGCAGAUGCUGGUCUUUCAGAAUUGACAGAAAAAGAGGAAGGCGAUGAAGCAUUCGUCGACCGACCUAUCGAUUUCAAGCUUACCCCUUGGAACACUAGUAAAGCUUUCUUGGACGCAACUUCAGGCAAGGCAAUGCUUGAACUUCAUGGUGAUGGUGACCCGUCUGGAUGUGGGCUUGCAAUCAGUAUGAUACAAACCUCCAUGAAGGGAGGUUACAUUGGCGCCGUUCAAGGUCCAAAUGCGACAUCCGCAGCUGCUAUAGCCGCAGAGAGAAAGGCAAACGGCGGGCAUACCUAUAAUGUCAAGAAGCAAGAAGAGCUCUACAACAACGCUAUUCGUGAUAUUUGGGAGAAGCAAAAGUCGACUUUGUCAGAUACCAACGAACACAUCUCGAACGAAUUGGAAGAAGUUGACGAAGACGAACGAUUUCGCGUGGCACCCACUCCACAUUCCAUGGCCACCCCUGCAGCUGGCGAUGAUAAUUUUAGCCAAGUCAGCAGAGUCAGUAACACGGACAAUCCCUCGGGGAAAUUCAUGCGUAUUACUCGCAAGGUCAAAGUGGGCAAUUAUGGACAAACCGAAGAGCGGGUCGAAACGGUCAAAGAUAUGCGCGUUUGGAAGGAAUAUAUCAAGCGCAAAAAGGUCAUGGAGGCUGCCAAUUCAGAUGUUUAUGCCAUCACUCCUUCGGGUGAUGCAGAUCUUGACAGAGCUACACAGAUGCAAGUCCAAAAGGAACUCGACCGUCUCGAGCGCAACAAGGAUCGUCGCCACGCCCGCGAAAAGCAGAAGUCCAAACAAUCUAUGGCUAGCCAACAGCUUCUUAACCCUGGUUCUCCUGGCCCAUCCGGAACUCCCGUUUCCAGCAUUGAAAAGCCAACUGGUACUACGAGGAAGUGUGCAAAUUGUGGUCAGACGGGUCACAUCAAGACGAACAAAAAACUCUGUCCCCUUUUGAAUGGUACUAUGAAACCCGAAGACGGUGCACCCAAUCAUGGUGGAUUUGGUGCUAUUCAAGCACCACCAGCUUUUGGUUAGCUCGUGGAACAAAAUUGCGUUGGCCCUCAAUAUACGGAAAAUUCUCACGAGGAGCAUCGCGCAAGCUUUCCUAUUUGCCGCAUCUACAUUGGUUUACUCUGAUUAUUCCCUUUGACGACUUAUUGCAAGGGUUGGGGUUGAUUUUGAAAUUUUGAAGGAACCCGAAGAGAUCCUCUUGACAAAUUGAAACAAUUACAUGGACGAUUACAGAUCAAAUGAAAAUGGGUCUCUACCUCAACAUACCCACUCGAAAACCUUGAACGGAAAACAUGGUGGAGGAUCCGACAGAAAGAUCUAGCCUUGUUGCUAAGUCUGGGCUGAUUCUGGAAUUUCUUGGCGAGAGAAGAGAAUGCGAGGCAUAGAGUCUCUUGUUGAUAUUUUUCGUACGAUAUUGGUCCGAAGACCGUUCACACCAUUGCCGUUGCCACUGCCACUCAACUAGCAGAACUUACUCCGUCCAACAAGGGACAUCCAAGUUUACUUGAUAGGACUAUUGGAACCGUUGGGUGGAUCGAGGGCGGUUAAUUGUACAAAUCCGGAUGGCAUACGAUCCACAAUACGAUGUGCAUUAGAGGCCGAGGGUGGUUUUAUAUUUCUUUCUUUCUUUCUUUCCUAACUGAAUUUCUCUUUCUUGUAACCGCAGGAGGAACAUCGGUUGGGUUCUUUUAACAUAUCGGUGGUUUACUCUCACGAACAGGUAAUGGUUGGCGUCUACUCAGGCUAGGUUAUGGCAGGGAGUAUGGAGUUUCCAAAAUGGUGGUUAAAUGGAUCGGGCCUGCAUAGCGCGGUACAACAUGGGAGGUAACAUUUGACGAGGAUUUGGUUUAUACGAUUAAUAGGGAUGGAGGGACAAAAUUUUAUGCUUUUCUCGAGACUUGCCCUACGCAUCUUGAUUCUGCGAAUGAUACUGUUUGUGCCAGUAUUCUGGUCGUAGUUCACGCGGCAUGAGGGCAUAAUGGUAUGUUAGGCAGGGGAGAGCUGCACAUAUUAAAAUAGGAAGAUGGUUACGCUACUUUAUCUUAGAUAGAUACCACCAGAAUUCAAAAAAUUGAUGGUGACUUUAUAGUUUCCACGUGCGAUUUGGUACAUUCUUGAACUACCUACCUAUGCAAUAUUGUAAUUUGUGUCAGGUCAUGGAUAGUCAGUGUAAACUUUCGUAACAAAAUCGUGGUAUUCACAUGUAGUUGGUUGGAAGAG